GGGACCCCUGGCCCACCAGGAGACCCUGGUCUGACUGACUGCGACGUGAUGACCUACGUGCGAGAGACAUGUGGAUGCUGUGACUGUGAGAAGCGCUGUGGUGCCCUAGACAUCAUGUUUGUCAUAGACAGCUCUGAGAGUAUUGGAUACACCAACUUCACCCUGGAGAAGAAUUUUGUUGUCAAUGUGGUCAGCAGGCUGGGCUCUAUUGCCAAGGAUCCCAAGUCACAGACAGGUGCCCGUGUUGGGGUGGUGCAGUACAGUCAUGAGGGGACCUUUGAAGCCAUCAAGCUUGAUGAUGAGCGCAUUGAUUCCCUGUCAAGCUUCAAGGAAGCAGUGAAGCGCCUGGAGUGGAUCGCUGGAGGUACCUGGACACCAUCUGCCCUUCAAUUUGCCUACAACAAGCUCAUCAAGGAAAGCAGGAGAGAGAAAGCCCAAGUGUUUGCUGUGGUGAUCACGGAUGGGCGCUAUGACCCCCGGGAUGAUGACAAGAACCUAGGAGCUCUUUGUGGUAGAGAUGUGGUCGUCAACACCAUCGGCAUUGGAGACAUGUUUGACCAGCCAGAACAGAGUGAGACACUGGUCUCCAUUGCCUGCAAUGAGCCUCAGCGAGUCCAGAAGAUGAGGCUCUUCUCAGACCUGGUGGCAGAGGAAUUCAUUGACAAGAUGGAGGACGUGCUCUGCCCAGAUCCACAGGUUGUCUGCCCUGAGCUGCCCUGUCAGACAGAUGACAGGAACCCUGGGAGCGUAAACCCACAUAUUUUCCGCCCCAUGGAAGAGGGAGUCAACAUAGAUUUCCCCAGCACCAUACAUUCGAUCGCCCAGUUCCUAAACUCCACGCGGGAAACCCGAGACCCCAGCAUGUACACCCAGCUGGUGGCCACUUUGGCCUUUACCGCCGAAAAAGCCAAGUUUGCCACUGGAAAUGAGCGGCAAGAGUGGAUGGACUUGUUCAUUGACACCUUCAAAAUGGUGCACA